AUGAGCUGUCUCGGGAUUUUCAUCCCCAAGAAGCACCGGCAGCGGUUCGACGAGGUGGUGUCACAGAGCCUGAUCAGCAAGCUCUGCCGCUCCAAGAGCGAGCACCACAGCAACCGGCUGCGGCGCAGCCGGAGCGAGGACCACCAGGAGCGACUCCUCGUCUCCACCCGUGCCAGCUCUGUGCCCCGCAGCCAUGAGGAGACCAGCAAAAGCCUGCGGAAAACCACGUCGCUCAUCACCAGCAACGUGGCCUCGGGGGCUGCCCGCAGAACUGUGCGAGUUUAUAAAGGUAACAGAAGCUUCGGCUUCACGCUACGUGGCCAUGCCCCGGUGUGGAUCGAGUCUGUUCUGCCAGGGAGCCCAGCUGAAAAGGCAGCUCUUAAAGCUGGAGACCGGAUCCUGUUCCUGAAUGGUCUGGACAUGAGGAACUGCUCCCAUGACAAGGUGGUGUCGAUGCUGCAGGGCAGUGGGGCAAUGCCCACCUUGGUGGUGGAAGAGGGGAUCGUCAACUUCUCCAAUGACUCUGACUCUGCUGACUCCCCGAGCACCUCCUCGGCCCUCACCUCCCUGCAGUGGGUUGCAGAGAUUCUCCCCUCUAGCAUCAAGAUCCAAGGAAGGACCUUCACCCAGCAGCUGGAGCACCUCCUGACUGCACCCGAGCGCUACACCAUCUGCAGAGCGCUGGAAGCCUUCUUCCAACACCGGAAUAUUGACACUCUCAUUGUGGAUGUGUACCCUGUGCUGGACACACCGGCCAAGCAAGUCAUUUGGCAGUUUAUCUACCAGCUGCUGACGUACGAAGAGCAGGAGCACUGCCAGCAAAAGAUUGCCAGGUUUCUUGGUUACAAGUCCUUGGCAG